CUUGUGAUCGUCAUGUGGCGCCGGCGAGUGGCGAGCGUGGUCCAGCGGCGGUGGUCGUCGACGUGCGCCGUCACGCGUGCCGACGGCCUCAUCGCGCUCAUCAAGCAAGCGCCAGGCCGCAACGACGACGACGAUGCACGGGACUAUCUCCGCGCCACCUCGGCCAUCGACCUGCGUGUCACGGACGCGUACGGCUCAACGGCGCUGACGCUGGCCGCCCGUGGAGGCCACCUCGAGCUCUGCCGCGACCUUCUCAACGUACUUGAUACGCCACGCAGCACUGCACCGCGCGCGACGGUGCUGAACCAAGCCAAUAUGUUUGGAUCGACGCCGCUCAUGUGCGCGAGUGCGUCGGGCCACGUGGACGUCUGCCACCUCCUGCUUGGUGCUGGCGUCGACGUCGACGUCCGAACGCGGUACGGCUCGACGGCGCUGAGCAAGGCAGCAGAAGCAGGCCACGCUGCGAUCGUCGACGCGCUGCUCGCUGCCGGUGCCACGUCAUCGCCCAACGCGCUCGGGAAAACACCGUUCGAGCUCGCGCAGGCCAAAGGCCAUAAGCUGCCCCAGCUCGAGGAGGCGCCCAUGCAUGACGAACGAAGCAGCGCGCGCGUCACGAGCUGGCGAAGCGCGACCUUGAUCGAGUGCCAACUGGCGUCGACGGGCGAGUUUGUCCUCGUUGAGAAGACGGACGCACGCCAGCGCACGCCCAUCAACGCAGCGCUCGAGCUCAUGUUUUCCGAUGGUCGCUGGUGCAUUGCGCACGUGCCUGCGUCGAAUCGCCCGUGAAGCAGCGCUGCUUGCACCCGCGACGACCGUUUGCAAACAAGUGCGUCGACUGCCCCGACAAGCGGUAAAUGCGUCUCGGAGUGAUACCUUUUAGCGUGAAUCAAAGUGGAAUCGUUGCUACCAAGUCGCCG